GUACGGAUGAGGUUUGGGCUCAAGUCCCCAGUGAAGACUAUCGAGGACUUCAUCAAGCGCUUCACCCCCAGCCGUCUCACCUCCAACUCCAACAGCAGCAGCUCUUCCAGCCUCAACCGCUCCUCCCACCGCGAAUGCUCCAGUGUCCUCUCCUCCCCCUCCGCUGAGAGCACCCUGACUAAAUUAGACGAGGAGCAUCACCCUGGAGGUCCGGGGGGUUUGGAGCAUGCCUUCUCCUCUGUCCCUCCUCACACUACCGAGGGAAAGCCUGGGGCCCUGGAGGAAGGCGAGCUGCGCUACGAGGCAGAGUCACCUGACGAGGCUGCCCUGGUGUAUGCGGCGCGGGCCUAUAAGUGUUGUCUGGUUGGCCGGCUACCUGAUCAGGUGACGGUGGAGCUACCUCACCUAGGGAAGUUGAGCUUUGAGCUGCUCCACACUCUGGGAUUUGACUCCACCAGGAAGAGGAUGUCUGUGGUGGUGAGACACCCUCUGACAGACCAGAUCACCGUCUAUACUAAAGGAGCUGACUCUGUCAUCAUGGACCUCAUCACACUGCCACCUACAGGUAGGAGGGCCUCACAGCAGGCCAGGGGAGGGGAGGUAGAGGACUCGUCAAUAUGAUGCCUGGAGUUAUUAGGUAUAAUCUGACCUACAGUGCCUUCAGAAAGUAUUCCAGAGUUAACCAACCUUUUAAUCUCCUCCUCCCUGUACACUGUCUUCAGAAAGUAUUCAAACUUAUUCCACAUUUUGUUUUACAGCCUGAAUUGAAAACAAUGUAUCACCCAUCUACACACAAUACCUCAUAAUGACAAAGUUAAAACAUGUUUUUAGAAAUGUUUGCAUAUUUAUUGAAAAUGAAAUGCAUCUAAUUUACAUAAGUAUUCACACCUCUGAGUCAAUACUUUGUAGGAGCACCUUUGGCAGCGAUUACAGCUGUGAGUCUUUCGGGUAAGUCUCUAAGAGCUUUCCAAACCUGGAUUGUGCAACAUUUGAACAAUUUUCAAGUCUUGCUGUAGAUUUAAGUCAAAACUGUAACUCGGCCGCUCAGGAAUAUUCACCGUCUUCUUGGUAUGCAAAUCCAGUGCAGAUUUGGCCUUGUGUUUUAGGUUAUUGUCCUGCUGAAAGGUGAAUUCAUCUCCCAGUGUCUGGUGGAAAGCAGACUGAACCAGCGUUUCCUCUAGGAUUUUGCCUGAGCUUAGCUCCAUUCCGUUUCUUUAUUAUCCUGAAGAACUCCCCAGCAUACCCAUAACAUGAUCCCUGGCCGAGUGCCGAGGAACUCAGCAUUAAGGAGAUAGAUGUGGGUUAAGGCCCUGCGAUAGACUAGCGUCCUUCCAGGGGGUGUACUUGUACAUCAAGCUGCCCCACGCUCCUGCCCUAUGAGCCGUUCCGACUUGUACAAGCCAAGGCUACCUACCUUACCAUAACUUGAUGCUGCCACCACUAUGCUUGAAGAUAUGAAGGGGUACUCAGUGAUGUUAUAUUGGAUUUGCCCCAAACAUAACACUUUGUAUUCAGGACAAAAAGUUAAUUGCUUUGCCACAUUUUUUACAGUAUUACUUUAGUGCCUUGUUGCAAACAGGAUGCAUGUUUUGGAAUAUUUGUUAUUCUGUACAGGCUUCCUUCUUUUCACUCUGUCAUUUAGGUUAGUGUUGUGGAGUAACUACAAUGUUGUUGAUCCAUCCUCAGUUUUCUCCUAUCACAGCCAUUAAACUGUGCAACUGUUUUAAAGUGGCCUCAUGGUGAAAUCCCUGAGCGGUUUCCUUUCUCUCCGGCAACUGGGUUAGGAAGGAGGCCUGUAUCUUAGAAUCAUUGGAAAACCUCCCUGGUCUUUGUGGUUGAAUCUGUGUUUGAAAUGUACUGCUCGGCUGAGGGACAUUACAGAUAAUUGUAUGUGUGGGGCACAGAGAUGAUUUAGUCAUUCAAUAAUUAUGUUAAUUAAACACUAUUAUUACACACAGAGUGAGUCCAUGCAACUUAUUAUGUGACUUGUUAAGCACAUUUUUACUCCUGAACUUAUUUAGGCUUGCCAUAACAAAGGGGUUGAAUACUUAUUGACUCAAGACAUUUCAGCUUUUAAUGUUUAAUUAAUUUGUUUUAAAAAAGUAAUUAAAAAAACAUAAUUCCACUUUGACAUUAUGGGGUAUUGUGUGUAGGCCAGUGACAAUAAAUGUCAAUUUUAAAUUCAGGCUGUAACACAACAAAAUGUGGAAUAAGUCAAGGGGUGUGAAAACUUUCUGAAGGCACUGUACGAGGAGGAGGAGAUUAAAGGGUGGUUGGGGUAGUGGUCUGUUUGUGUGGCAGGGGAAGGGUAGUCUGGUCCCAGGUCUGUUUGUGCUCUGUAACCAACUUCAAUGGUCAUUGUCAUACAUGCACAAACGACUCUGGGACCGAGAUGGGGAAAGGAGUGGUCAAUAUGAUACUUGAGCAGGGUUGUGAGAUUGUAGGUUGGGUUACCUCUUGAUGGUGAUUUAAUGUUGUCAUAGUGAUAAUUCUGUAAGGAUGUUGACUUGCAGGUGGUGGUGACGUAUUUAGGGAUUCUGUUGAUGUUAACCAACUCAUGCAGUUGUGCUGAGGGUUGUAUCUAUGUGUGUCUGUCUGGGUGGUGUGUAACCUACAGUCUACUGUGUGUUAGCCUAUCUGUAGUACUGAGAUUUGUAAUCUGUGUGGUCGGCCUUCUUUACUGUCAGUAGACUUCAUUCUGCAGUAGGAUUGAGUCUUGUCUGUGGUCCAGAGUGAUAGAUAUAAUCUCCACGUGGGGACAGAGGCUGGCUCGGUCUUCUCACACCUGGACAAAUGGAAUAGAUUCUCACUACAGUAGCACCAGUCAAUCUCUACUACUGAUUCAUUACUUUCAAUUAUAGGUAGUUUCUGUGAAAAACAACGGCGUUGUCACAUCUUGAUAACCCUGGAUGUUUAAAACGUUGUGUUACCUUGUCUGAACCAUGGCCAGCUGAGUUAGGGGAUGUCUACUUGUAACCUUGUCUGGCCAGCUGAGUUAGGGGAUGUCUACUUGUAACCUUGUCUGGUCAGGUGAGUUAGGGGAUGUCUACUUGUAACCUUGUCUGGCCAGGUGAGUUAGGGGAUGUCUACUUGUAACCUUGUCUGGCCAGGUGAGUUAGGGGAUGUCUACUUGUAACCUUGUCUGGCCAGGUGAGUUAGGGGAUGUCUACUUGUAACCUUGUCUGGCCAGGUGAGUUAGGGGAUGUCUACUUGUAACCUUGUCUGGCCAGCUGAGUUAGGGGAUGUCUACUUGUAACCUUGUCUGGCCAGGUGAGUUAGGGGAUGUCUACUUGUAACCUUGUCUGGCCAGGUGAGUUAGGGGAUGUCUACUUGUAACCUUGUCUGGCCAGGUGAGUUAGGGGAUGUCUACUUGUAACCUUGUCUGGUCAGGUGAGUUAGGAGAUUGACGAGGAGGUCUUGGUUAGAUGGUAAGAUUGUAUUCACCGUCCACCAAUACCGUCCCUGCACACCAGCAGGGCCCAACACGGUACUGUAAAAUUAAAAUGGGUACUGGCACCCAUUUCAAGCACUGAUUUACCCUAAGUGUUUCUCCCUCUCUCACCAGCCUGCCUUGUGAAGGUGGGGUACGUCUGUCUGGCAGUCUGGCAGUCUGGCUGGCUGGCUGGCUGGCUGGCUGGCUGGCUGGCUGGCUGUCUGUCUGUCUCUGGCUGGCUGGCUGGCUGGCUGGCUGGCUGGCUGGCUGGCUGGCUGGCUGGCUGGCUGUGUCUGUCUGUCUCUGGCUGGCUGGCUGGCUGGCUGGCUGGCUGGCUGGCUGUCUCUCUCUCUAGCUGACGUGGAACUAAAUGGCUCCCAGGGCUAAUGUCAUGAUACUUGUAUGGUAUUAUUAAAGAUAUUGAUUGCAAUUCAUUUCUUGCAGUAAAACUGUAAAAAUGAAUUUAUUCUCAAGAGAAGACAGGUUAAACGUUAAAAAAGAUUUAAGGUUAUUUUACUUAAUAGUCCUGAUCAUAAAGUCCUAGACGAUAUCCAAAACAACAACAAACUGAACUCAUACAUAUUCAGUUAUUUAAAUAGUAAAGUCAUGUCUUUCUACUCUAUCCCACAACUCAUUUUACUGAUCUGGGAAAGUCGUUAAACUGAUCUGGUAAAGUCGUUAAAGUGAUCUGGUAAAGUCGUUAAACUGAUCUGGUAAAGUCGUUAAACUGAUCUGGUAAAGUCGUUAAAGUGAUCUGGUAAAGUCAUUAAACUGAUCUGGGAAAGUCGUUAAACUGAUCUGGUAAAGUCGUUAAAGUAUUCAAUCAUUUAGCUGUGUAUUUCAGAUGGAAUCAAGACAUGUACCAGAGGGCAACACAAUAGAGCUUGUUCUGCCAAAACUAUUUCAGGGGCAUGUCCCCCCCGGACCCCCACAUCCCAGAACUCCCUGGCUGGCUACUUUUCUAUCUGGCUGGCUACUCCAUGUACUUCAGGAAAACGCUGAAGACAGCACAAACAGAUCUGGGACCAGCCUCGGUCGGCAGUAGGUUCACUCUAGUAAAGCUAUGACCAAAUGGACAAGAAGAAUGUUGUCAUACCACUGAAACUUCUGGGUGCCGGGUUUGAUUGAAUAGGGAGGUAAUGACUGUAAUUACAGCUAGAUUAAUGGUCUGUUGAAACCAGACUCUUAAGAACUGAGUCAGAAGCAGCCGGUGACAUCUCAGCACGUGGGCUGGUUGUGGUGAUGUGUGAGAAGUGCAAGACGUUAUAGAGGAAUCUGUUACUGAAUAUCACUUUAAAAGUUUCCUAAAUGUUUGGUGGUGUGUGAGAAGUAACUUUCCUGCAAGAUACAACAGAAGGAGCCGAUGUUGAUGCAAACUUGCACAGGUUUAUUUAGUUCCUCUUUCACUUUUCAGAUGAUUCCAAAGGGAGACGCCAAAGAAAGAUCCUAUACAAGACCCAGAACGACCUGAACCUCUACGCUGCGGACGGUCUCCGUACUCUCUGCAUCGCCAACAAGGUAACACCGCUUCAGCAAUACACAAUACCUCUUCAGCACAAAUAGGGCUUUUGCAGGACUUUUAUUUUUAAAAACUAUUUCCAUCAUUGAGCUCAUUCAGGCCUGAAGCAAGGAAAACUGACUCUGUAGUGGACCGGCAAGCUUUCAGCCAAUUGAGAAACGGAUGUACUAUCUCGAUUCAGAAAAGCUAAAUCAAGCUACUUUUUAAGAUCUAUCUCUGCUGGUGAUCCUUCUACAUUUUGGAAAACAGUAACUGCACUGAAGCGUACAAAUUCCUCUUCUCCCCUGCCUAAGCAAGUUCUGACUCUGGCAUCAUAACUGAGAAGAAUGGAAUAAGUGAAGCUUUGAAUCGUUAUUUUAUCAUCUCGGCAGGCUUUUUAUUUGAGAGAAACAGUGGUUUUAAUUGACCCUGGUCAGUCCAUGGACUGCUCUUCCCUCUGCCAGCCUCUAGCUGACUCUACGGUCGACCUGUCAACUUCUAGUGAAUAUUUGUUUUCAUUUAAACAAUUUACUAUCUGUGAUGUGCUAGAGAUUGCUAAGAUUGACGUAAAAACAAAUCCACUUGGGCUGAUAUACUUGAUCCAUUUUUGCUGCAGCUCUCUGCCCCCCUGAUUGCUGAAUCAUUAACCCAUACGACUAUAUCUGGUACUAUCCCCAAGGUUUGGAAGGCGGACCAUGUACUCCCCCUUCACAAAGGUGGUGACCCUUGUGACCUAAAUCAUUAUCGCCCUAUUUCUAAACUUUCUCGACCUAGCUAAAAUAUUAGAAUCCUUGAUUAAUUCUCAGCUAAGAUCUUACUUAUCUUUGGAAUGUAUUCUAAAUGUACAUCAGUCUGGUUUGAGACCAGGUGAUAGCAUUAUCUCUGCUGCAUCCAUAGUUAUACAUGUUGUUAACAUUGUGGAUAAAAGGCAACAUGGUGCUGCCCUCUUCACUGACCUGUCAAAGGCUUUCAAUAUUGUUGAUCACUCACUGCUGGUCCUCUGUAGCUCAGCUGGUAGAGCACGGCGCUUGUAACGCCAAGGUAGUGGGUUCGAUCCCCGGGACCACCCAUACACAAAAAAUGUAUGCACGCAUGACUGUAAGUCGCUUUGGAUAAAAGCGUCUGCUAAAUGGCAUAUUAUAUUAUAUUACUGCUAAUUCAGAGGCUUUCCUCAAUUGGCCUAGACCAGGCUGCAUGUAACUAACUGGUUAAAAAAUUACUUGACCGAUGGACCUCUAUGUGUAUCUACUGACUGUUAAACCAGGUUUCCUGGAUAUUGCGAAAGGUUCCAUUCUGGGUCCUGUACUUAUUACUGUUUACAUUAACUACAGACUUGUCUGUAAAAAAACAUAACCUGCCUGAACUACAGUCUGGCUUCAUUGUGUUUUACAGAAAAACUUUAUUGACUUGAAAUUAGUACUGAAUGCAUGUAAAACAUGUUGUUCUCUAGAGCGCAUAAAAAUAACUCUGAUUUAAUCAUAUGUACUUUGGAUGGUGUCCAUAUUGAUCGUGUCCCUGCUUACAAAUAUCUGGGCGUCUGGAUAGAUGAAAAACUGUCUUUUUAAAAAGCAUAUUGAUGAGUUAGUUAAGAAGCUGAGAAUAAAAAUGGGCUUGUUCUAUAGAAACAGGUCCUGCAUCUCGCUACAUAGUAGAAAGCAGAUUAUUCAGUCAACGUUUUGAUCGGUGCUAGACUAUGGUGACAUCAUCGACAGUAUAUGAACGCAGCUGCCAUUAAAGCCGUUAGGUGCAGUUUAUCAUAUAGCACUGCACUUUACUACGGGUGACAGGAUUAGACUAUGGUGACAUCAUCUAUAUGAACUACUGGUUUGGUACUCAUCACUGUUCUCUAUCAGAAUGUUGGUUGGCCAUCUUUGAUGUCACGUAAGUUAAUACGUUGCUAUGUUUUCAUGUAUAAAGCCCUUUUACAAAAAGUCCCACUGUACCCAACAUCAUUACUAAACUUUUUAGACAUAAAUCAGCUUUUAAGUUUUCUUGCACCUUAGUUGUGGAACAAUCUUCUAAAUGUUCUUAAAUGUGAUGUUUUGGUUCCUCAGAAAGCUGGUUGAGGACCUUAUUACUGAUUAAUGUUUUUAUGACUGUUUUUCUUUCUGCUUGCAUUUUGUAUUUAUAUUGAUGUGUGUAUUUUCUGUAAUUUCUGUAAUUCAUGGCUCAUCUGUAAAAGACACCUUGGUCUCAGUACGACUCCCUGAUCAAAUAAAGGACCUUGGUCUCCGUAUGACUCCCUGAUCAAAUAAAGGACCUUGGUCUCAGUAUGACUCCCUGAUCAAAUAAAGGACAUUUUCUUCCUCUGUGUGUGUGUGUGUGUGUGUGUGUGUGUGUGUGUGUGUGUGUGUGUCAGGUUAUCACUAAGGAGGAGUAUGCUGUCUGGUUGCGACACCAUCUGGAGGCAGAGACGGCCAUACAGGGAAGAGAAGAGCUGCUCUUUCAGUCAGCUCUGAGACUGGAGACUAACCUGCAUCUAUUAGGUAAGCUGGAGGGAGGGGGAGAGGGGUCUGCUGUCUGUCUGUCAGCUCUGAGACUGGAGACUAACCUGGAGGGAGGGGGAGAGGGGUCUGCUGUCUGUCUGUCAGCUCUGAGACUGGAGACUAACCUGGAGGGAGAGGGAGAGGGGUCUGCUGUCUGUCUGUCAGCUCUGAGACUGGAGACUAACCUGGAGGGAGGGGGAGAGGGGUCUGCUGUCUGUCUGUCAGCUCUGAGACUAGAGACUAACCUGGAGGGAGGGGGAGAGGGGUCUGCUGUCUGUCUGUCAGCUCUGAGACUGGAGACUAACCUGGAGGGAGGGGGAGAGGGGUCUGCUGUCUGUCUGUCAGCUCUGAGACUGGAGACUAACCUGGAGGGAGAGGGAGAGGGGUCUGCUGUCUGUCUGUCAGCUCUGAGACUGGAGACUAACCUGGAGGGAGGGGGAGAGGCGUCUGCUGUCUGUCUGUCAGCUCUGAGACUGGAGACUAACCUGGAGGGAGGGGGAGAGGGGUCUGCUGUCUGUCUGUCAGCUCUGAGACUGGAGACUAACCUGGAGGGAGGGGGAGAGGGGAGUGCUGUCUGUCUGUCAGCUCUGAGACUGGAGACUAACCUGGAGGGAGAGGGAGAGGGAGAGGGGUCUGCUGUCUGUCUGUCAGCUCUAAGACUGGAGACUAACCUGGAGGGAGGGGGAGAGGGGUCUGCUGUCUGUCUGUCAGCUCUGAGACUGGAGACUAACCUGGAGGGAGGGGGGAGAGGGGAGUGCUGUCUGUCUGUCAGCUCUGAGACUGGAGACUAACCUGGAGGGAGGGGGAGAGGGGUCUGCUGUCUGUCUGUCAGCUCUGAGACUGGAGACUAACCUGGAGGGAGGGGGAGAGGGGUCUGCUGUCUGUCUGUCAGCUCUGAGACUGGAGACUAACCUGGAGGGAGGGGGAGAGGGGUCUGCUGUCUGUCUGUCAGCUCUGAGACUGGAGACUAACCUGGAGGGAGGGGGAGAGGGGUCUGCUGUCUGUCUGUCAGCUCUGAGACUGGAGACUGACCUGGAGGGAGGGGGAGAGGGGUCUGCUGUCUGUCUGUCAGCUCUGAGACUGGAGACUAACCUGGAGGGAGAGGGAGAGGGGUCUGCUGUCUGUCUGUCAGCUCUGAGACUGGAGACUAACCUGCAUCUAUUAGGUAAGCUGGAGGGAGAGGGAGAGGGGUCUGCUGUCUGUCUGUCAGCUCUGAGACUGGAGACUAACCUGGAGGGAGGGGGAGAGGGGUCUGCUGUCUGUCUGUCAGCUCUGAGACUGGAGACUAACCUGGAGGGAGGGGGAGAGGGGUCUGCUGUCUGUCUGUCAGCUCUGAGACUGGAGACUAACCUGGAGGGAGGGGGAGAGGGGUCUGCUGUCUGUCUGUCAGCUCUGAGACUGGAGACUAACCUGGAGGGAGGGGGAGAGGGGUCUGCUGUCUGUCUGUCAGCUCUGAGACUGGAGACUAACCUGGAGGGAGGGGAGAGGGGUCUGCUGUCUGUCUGUCAGCUCUGAGACUGGAGACUAACCUGGAGGGAGGGGGAGAGGGGUCUGCUGUCUGUCUGUCAGCUCUGAGACUGGAGACUAACCUGGAGGGAGGGGGAGAGGAGUCUGCUGUCUGUCUGUCAGCUCUGAGACUGGAGACUAACCUGGAGGGAGGGGGGAGAGGGGUCUGCUGUCUGUCUGUCAGCUCUGAGACUGGAGACUAACCUGGAGGGAGGGGGAGAGGGGUCUGCUGUCUGUCUGUUAGCUCUGAGACUGGAGACUAACCUGGAGGGAGGGGGAGAGGAGUCUGCUGUCUGUCUGUCAGCUCUGAGACUGGAGACUAACCUGGAGGGAGGGGGAGAGGGGUCUGCUGUCUGUCUGUCAGCUCUGAGACUGGAGACUAACCUGGAGGGAGAGGGAGAGGGGUCUGCUGUCUGUCUGUCAGCUCUGAGACUGGAGACUAACCUGCAUCUAUUAGCUAAGAUGGUUACCCUUAACACUAGAACCGCUGGGCCUCUUCAACCUACCUAGCAGUUCUUUUGACUGCGACAUUCUAACAGUGUAAUUAAUACAUGUAAUAUAAUGCUAUGCUAAAAUAAUAAUUUGGUUAUGUUCAUGAAGGUGUUAGGUAACAUUAGAAUAUUUAUUUAUUUUUCAUUUCAAAUAAAAUAAAAUAGCAUUGCCAUUAGUUUAUUACUGUACACUAUAUGUAAAAACAUUUAAAUAAAAAGCAGUGUAUUGAGUCACACACACACCCACACACCCACACAUACCCACACACACACCCACACUACCCACCCACACACCCACACACCACACACACCCACACACCACCCACCCCCCACACACCACCCCCCACCCCACCCCACACACCCACCACACCCACACACGCCACACACCCACCCACCCACACCCACCCCACACACCUCACCCCACCACACACCCACCCACACCCCCACACACCCACCCACCCACCCACCCACACACCCACACCCCACACCCCACACCCACCCACCCACCCACCCACACCACCCACCCACCCACCCACCCACACACCCCACACCCACACACCCACACACACCCACCCACCCACACACCCCACCCACCCACACACACCCACACACCGACACACACCCACCCACCCACCCACCCACACAAAUCACUGGGGCUGAUAUACUUGAUCCAUUUUUGCUGCAGCUCUCUGCCCCCCUGAUUGCUGAAUCAUUAACCCAUACGACAAACACACACACACACCUACACACCGACCCACCCACACACUCCCACCGACACACCCACACACCCACCCACACACUCCACACACUGACACCCCCACACACUCCCACCGACACACACCCACCCACACACACCACCCAUCCCACACACCUCCCACACACACACCCACAUACCACACCCACCCACACACACACUCCCCACCACACACCCAACACCCACACACCCACACACUCACCCACCGACCCACACACACACACACACACUCCCACCGACACACCCACACACACACCACCCACCCCACACCCCACCCACACCACACAUACUCUCCCCACCUACACACACCCACCCAAAAACACCCACACACCGACCCGCCACACACACACCCACCGACACAUCCACACACACCCACACACCGACACACCCACCCACACACCCACCACACACCACCACCCACACCCACCCACACACACACACCUACCCACCCACACACACCCAUCCACACCCACCCCCCCCACCCACACACACACACACCCACCGACACACCCACCCACACAACCACACACCCACACCACCACCCACCCACACCUGACCCACCCACACACUCCCACCGACACACCCCACCCACCCACACACACACACUGACCCACCCACAUCCACAUACCCACCCACCCACACACACCACACACCCACACACAAAUCCACCGACCUGCUACUAGUAACGUACUUGUGUUGCCGGGUCAACAUAUGUUUCCCUGCUACUAGUAACGUUACUUGUGUUGCCGGGUCAACAGUAUGUUUCCCUGCUACUAGUAACGUUACUUGUGUUGCCGGGUCAACAGUAUGUUUCCCUGCUACUAGUAACGUUACUUGUGUUGCCGGGUCAACAGUAUGUUUCCCUGCUACUAGUAACGUUACUUGUGUUGCCGGGUCAACAGUAUGUUUCCCUGCUACUAGUAACGUUAACUGAGCUACAUCCCUGCCGGCCAUUCCCUCCCCUACCCUGGACGACGCUGGGCCAGUUGUGCGCCGCCCCAUGGGUCUCCCGGUCGCGGCCGGCUACGACCUUAGACCACUGCACCACUCGGGAGGCUAUAAAAUACAUUAGGAUUAUUUUCCCAUAGGAAAAACAACACGCGUUAAACAGUGAGCAUAUUGAAUAAAUGAAUCUAUAUAUGGCGAUACGUAUUCUGUAAUAUUGACAGACCUUUGUUUGGUUGAGGUGCGGUCCCUUUCUUGCGUCCUGUCGAUGGAAACUGUCAGAUGUAUGGUGUCCAUGACAGAAACGUUCUUUCUAGCCUUGCGUUGGUAGAGUGAUGUCAUUCUUCAGCACCAUUGUGGGUUGUGGAGUACAACGGCUGAUGUAAGGUACAUAUCAUUUAGAGAUUAUAAUUAGAAUGGAACCAUACAAUAGAAUGGCCUUGUUCUUCAUUCCCAGUUGGUGAUUACAUAAUGAUGUAUUGUCCACUUCCCCCUCACUCAUCAACUCACCCAUUCUCCCCCUUUCUCCCCAUCAUACUUUACUUCAUCUGUUGUUAUAUGUGUGAAAUUAGUUUCGGUAUAGUUUAGGUUCAGUUGAGGCAAUUAUCGGGCCGAUUAUCAACUGGCCAAGUCAAGGACGGAGCGGGGCAUGUCUUUUAAAAAUGGCACAGUAAUUAAAUUAAUUAAUUAAAUGUUGUAGUGUUAAGGUAAGCCAGCAACACUUAUGAAUUAUGAUAUAUAAUUAUAUGUAAAUUUGGAACUCAAUUCUGGGAGUUUCUAGGUUUUGCAUUCGCAACAAAUUAUUGGGAUUUAUCAAACUGUCGCACCCAACAAACAUGGAUACGCAUGUUUUCAUUGAUAAAUCAAAGCCAUACUAUAUUUCUGAGCUCGUUCGUUACAACCCCGCCUGGGAAACGCCCUCCAUUCAUUUUUUUUUUUAAACAUUUUUUUAAAAAUAUAGUAUUAAUACUAUUUUAUUGUCAGCUGAUAGGUGGCGUGAAAUGUGUUGUGUUAUAGGCGCCCCUGUACGAAGUUAGGAUUAAGUGCCUUGCUCAAGGGCACAUCGACAGAUUUUUAACGUAGUUGGCUCGGAUAUUCCAACCAGCAACCUUCCUGUUACGGACCCAAUGCUUUAACCCCUAGGCUACCUGCCGCCCACACCUCUUCAACUUUUAUGGUAACAAAAACACCCCCAUUUGCUGUAUGAUUAGGAGAUGUUGGUACUGGGCAAUGCCAGUUUCUAAAGCGCAAUGGCAAAUUUGAUCACAUUUCUGAAGAGGUGUGUGCAGAAUGUUUUAAUCUUUUUAAAUGCAUGCCACCUAUAGACGGAUUGGUUGUUUAGCAACCAAAUCGAUUCGUGUACAUCCUUUUUGUUGAAUUCUCCAACUCCUUUCAUCCUUGAAUUAGUCCUUUUGGAAGUUUUUCUUGUUAAGCUGAUGAUUUUUGUCGACCCUCCUUUCCAGUGUUUGCUGAAGCUGAACUAUUUUCUACCAAACCUAUUCAUUUCAACAUGUUGAUUUCAACCUCUCCCUGACAGAGUCUGUAAUACCAACAUGUUUCAAGCAGACCACCAUAGUCCCUGUGCCCAAGAAAGCGAAGGUAACCUGACUAAAUGACUACCGCCCCGUAGCACUCAUGUCGGUAGCCAUGAAGUGCUUUGAAAGGCUGGUCAGGCCAGUACAUCACUGGGGCCAAGCUUCCAGAGGAAGGCCCCAAAAAUGGGCAAAGACUCCAGCCACCCUAGUCAUAGACUGUUCUCUCUGCUACCGCACGACAAGCGGUACCAAAGACUCCAGCCACCCUAGUCAUAGACUGUUCUCCCUGCUACCGCACGACAAGCGGUACCAAAGACUCCAGCCACCCUAGUCAUAGACUGUUCUCUCUGCUACCGCACGGCAGGCGGUACCGGAGCGCCAAGUCUAGGUCCAAAAGGCUCCUUAACAGCUUCUACCCCCAAGCCAUAAGACUGCUGAACACCCCCCUACGGUUUUACUCUGCUGCUACUCGCUGUUUAUUAUCUAUGCAUAGUCACUUUACCCCUACCUACAUGUACAAAUUACCUCAAUUACCUGGACUAACCUGUACCCCUACACAUUGACCCCUGUAUAUAGCCUCGUUAUUGUUAUUUUAUUGUAACUUUUAAUUUUUUUUACAUUUGGUUGUACUUUAGUUUAUUUAGUAAAUAUUUUCUUAUCUCUUUCUUGAACUGCAUUGUUAGUUAAGGGCGUGUUGUAUUCGGCGCAUGUGACCAAUAAAAUGUGAUUUUGAUUUGAGAAUAAUUCAUUUGAGCUCACUUUAAUCCGUUGUUCAGGAUGAGUAGAGGUGACUGACGUUUAGGCACUCUGAAGAAGACCUCAGCUUGACGUCAAAACGUCAGUCACCUGUACUCAUCCUGAACAAUGGAUUAAAGUCAGCUAAAAUAAAUACUCUGCCUUUUUUGUUGAGUGAUCCAACUAAUUUCUACCUCAAAUUAGUCAUUUUGGAGAUUUGGUAGAGAGUGUUUCAUUAUUUUUGACUUCCCCACAAUAUAAUUGAAAGAGGAAGUGUGAACUCAAACAUACCUUUCUAGCUAAUAGGCUAACUCCACACAUAUUUCUGCUAAGAGCAGCUGUUUAGCUGGUUAAAGGCCCAGUGCAGUCAACAUUCAGUUUUUCCUGUGUUUUGUAUCAUAUUGUGCAACAGCUAAUGAAACGAACACUGUAAAAGUGUGAAACUGUUUUAUCAGUGUUAUUUCCUGAUAGUUGCUGGUUGGAAAUACAAUCAAUCUACACAGGACUGUCACCAGCCGGUAAAUUGGUUAACAGACCAAUAACACUACUCAGACCUCUCCUAGCAAAACUCUUCCUUGAGAAAUAGUUUUUCUUGCCACACUGGAAGCCUAUUCGCAGGUGCCUUUUCAAACCCUGUGUCAGAGACUCCAAUCAGUGUAAUUGGCUCCAAUCAGUGUAAUUUGCUCAAUAUUAGGAGUUGAGAAAUAAAGUUGACAUCAUUAGAAAGAAGAUUCUCUUCUUUUCCACUGUAGGUAUGUCAUUUCAAAGUAGUUUAUUCUGUUGUUUCCAGCAAUAUUCAUAAACAUUUAAAAAAUAUAUAUAUACAGUAUUUUCAACUUUUUUGUGGUCCUCUGUAGCUCAGCUGGUAGAGCACGGCGCUUGUAACGCCAGGGUAGUGGGUUCGAUCCCCGGGACCACCCAUACGUAAAAAUGUAUGCACGCAUGACUGUAAGUCGCUUUGGAUAAAAGUGUCUGCUAAAUGGCAUAUUAUUAUUAUUAUUAUUAUUAUUAUUAUUAUUAUUAUUAUUAUUUUGUAUUUUUGUAUAUAUUUUCGCUGACCCCCUGCAGUACCUCUGCAGACCCCUGGUUGAAUAGUCCUGAUUUUAGGCCUAUAUAAUAAAUGUGAAAUAAAUAUAUUAGGCGGCAUGCUGCUAUGCAAUCUUCUUACCAACGGCAAAUGCAUUAGGCUUACGUUUUAAUGUGUUAAUUAGCCUACCGUUAUUAUAGCUCUCGUUCAUCACCUCUAUUCCCCCAAAAUAACAAUGUUUGCUUGAGGCCCCAGGGAGGAUCACACUAGUACUGCAUACCUGCAACACUGAUGUCCACUGAAGACCUCUAGAAGGGUUAUGUUGAUCUUUGUAUGGUUUUCUAGGAGCAACUGGUAUAGAGGACCGUCUACAAGAUGGUGUCCCAGAGACCAUUGCGUCGCUGCGGAAGGCAGGGCUCCAGAUCUGGGUUCUGACAGGGGACAAACAGGAGACAGCCAUCAACAUCGCCUAUGCUUGCAAACUGCUGGAACCUGAGGACGAGAUAAUCACACUCAACGCUGACUCUCAGGUGAGAUAAUCACACUCAACACUGACUCUCAGGUGAGAUAAUCACACUCAACACUGACUCUCAGAUGAGAUAAUCACACUCAACGCUGACUCUCAGGUGAGAUAAUCACACUCAACACUGACUCUCAGAUGAGAUAAUCACACUCAACACUGACUCUCAGGUGAGAUAAUCACACUCAACACUGACUCUCAGGUGAGAUAAUCACACUCAACGCUGACUCUCAGAUGAGAUAAUCACACUCAACACUGACUCUCAUGUGAGAUAAUCACAACUCAACACUGACUCUCAGUGAGAUAAUCACUCAACGCUGACUCUCAUGUGAGAUAAUCAACUCAACACUGACUCUCAGGAUGAGAUAAUCACACUCAACACGCUUCAGAGAGAUAAUACACUCAACGCGACUCUAGAUGAAUAAUCACCCAACGUGACUUCAGGUGAGAUAAUCACAUCAACACUGACUCUCAGAUGAGAUAAUCACACCAACGCUGACUCUCAGGUGAGAUAAUCACACUCAACACUGCUCUCAGUGAGAUAAUCACACUAAAACGCUGCCCUCUCGGGUGAGAUAAUCACACUCAACACUGACUCUCAGGUGAGAUAAUCACACUCACGCUGACUCUCAGAUGAGAUAAUCACACUCACACUGACCUCAGUGAGAUAAUCACACUCAACACUGCCUCUCAGUGAGAUAAUCACUCAACGCGCCCUCUCAGGUGAGAUAAUCACACUCAACGCUGACUCUCAGAUGAGAAAAUCACACUCAACACUGACUCUCAGGUGAGAUAAUCACACUCAACGCUGACUCUCAGGUGAGAUAUCACCCCCUCAACACUGACUCUCAGUGAGAUAAUCACACUCAACACUGACUCUCAGAUGAGAUAAUCACACUCAACACUGACUCACAUAUGAGAUAAUCACACUCAACACUGACUCUCAGAUGAGAUAAUCACACUCAACACUGACUCACAGAUGAGAUAAUCACACUCAACGCUGACUCACAGAUGAGAUAAUCACACUCAACGCUGACUCUCAGGUGGGUUAAUCACACUCAACGCUGACUCUCAGGUGAGAUAAUCACACUCAACGCUGACUCUCAGGUGAGAUAAUCACAUCUCAACCACUGACUCUCAGAUGAGAUAAUCACACUCAACGCUGACUCUCAGGUGAGAUAAUCACACUCAACACUGACUCUCAGAUGAGAUAAUCACACUCAACGCUGACUCUCAGAUGAGAUCAUCACACUCAACACUGACUCACAGAUGAGAUAAUCACACUCAACACUGACUCACAGAUGAGAUAAUCACACUUAAACACUGACUCUCAGGUGAGAUAAUCACACUCAACACUGACUCUCAGGUGAGAUAAUCACACUCAACACUGACUCUCAGGUGAGAUAAUCACACUCAACGCUGACUCUCAGGUGAGAUAAUCACACUCAACACUGACUCUCAGGUGAGAUAAUCACACUCAACGCUGACUCUCAGGUGAGAUAAUCACACUCAACGCUGACUCUCAGAUGAGAUAAUCACACUCAACACUGACUCUCAGAUGAGAUAAUCACACUCAACGCUGACUCACAGAUAAGAUAAUCACACUCAACGUUGACUCACAGAUGAGAUAAUCACACUCAACACUGACUCUCAGGUGAGAUAAUCACACUCAACGCUGACUCUCAGAUGAGAUAAUCACACUCAACGCUGACUCACAGAUGAGAUAAUCACACUCAACACUGACUCUCAGAUGAGAUAAUCACACUCAACGCUGACUCUCAGAUGAGAUCAUCACACUCAACACUGACUCACAGAUGAGAUAAUCACACUCAACACUGACUCACAGAUGAGAUAAUCACACUCAACCACUGACUCUCAGGUGAGAUAAUCACACUCAACACUGACUCUCAGGUGAGAUAAUCACACUAAAACACUGACUCUCAGGUGGGGUUUAAUCACACUCAACGCUGACUCUCAGGUGAGAUAAUCACACUCAACAUGACUCUCAGGUGAGAUAAUCACACUCAACGUUGACCCCUCAGGUGAGAUAAUCACACUCAACGCUGACUCUCAGAUGAGAUAAUCACAAUCAACACUGACUCUCGAUGAGAUAAUCACAAUAACGCUGACUCACGAAAAUUAAGAUAAUCACACUCAACGUUGACUCACAGAUGAGAUAAUCACACUCAACACUGAUUUCUCGGGUUUGAGAUAAUCACACUCAACGAUGACUCUCAGGUGAGAUAAUCACACUCAACACUGACUAUCAGGUGAGAUAAUCACACUCAACACUGGGACUCUCCGAUGAGAUAAUCACACUUCAACGUUGACUCUCAGGGGAGAUGAAUCACACUCACGUGACCCCAGAUGAGAGAAUCACAUCAACAGGACUCUCAGGUGAGAUAAUCACACUCAACAGAACUCUCAGAGGAGAUUUAAUCACAAAUCAACGGGAAUCACAGCUGAGAUAAUCACACAAACGCUGACUCUCAGGUACCGGACACAGACCACGGGUGCCAUCCAAAAGGGCCACCUAUUCAAGAUAUUUUGCUCGAGAAGACAAUACUAGUAGAAAGACUAUUCUCACCUCUCUCUCCCUCUCUUCCCCUAUCUAGACCCUUCAUAUCUAUAUCUGUAUUGCUCUCUCUGUCUCUCUUCUGUCUCCUCUGUAUCUCUACAUCUCGCUCUCCUCUCUCUGUCUCUCUCUCUCUCCCUCUCUCUCUCUCUCCUCUGAACCCUAUGCCUGUCCUCUCCUAUCUCUAUUCUCCUCUCUGUCUCUCUUCUGUCUCUCUCUGUCUACAUCUUGUUCUCUCUCUCUCUCUCUCUCUCUAUCUCUUGUCUCUAUAUCUCUGUCUCUCUCUAUCUUCUGUAUCUCUUCUAUGUCCCUCUCUCUCUGUCUCUCUCUCUCUGUCUCUCUAUCUCUCUCUAUCUAUCUCUUCUCUCUCUCGUCUCUAUCUCUCUGUCCUCUCUCUGUCUCUCUCUCUGACCCUAUGCCUCUAUCUCCCCUCUCGUCUCUCUCUGUUUUCUUAUCUGUCUGUUCGGUCUCUAGGCUCUUCAUGGUCUCUCUCUCUAUAUAUCUCCUCGGACCCUAGGCCUUGUCUCUCCCUCUCUCCUCUCUCUCUCUCUCUCUCGCUCUGGAUCGUCUCGUUCGUCUCUGUCUAUGUCUCUCUCUCUAUUCUAUCUCUCUCUCCUCUUCUCUCUCGGUAUGUCUCUCUCUCUCUCUGUCCCGUCUUAUGUCUCUGUCUAUGGCCUCUCUCUCUAUGUUCUCUCUCUCUCGCUGACCCUUAUAUGGCUGUCUCUCUCUCUCCUAUCCCUCUCUCGAUUGUACUCCUUGACCCUAUGCCUGUCUCUCUCCCUCUCUCUCUCUCUUCUAUGUCUCUCUCAUCGCGAUAUAAUCCCUUAUCUCCAUCUAUCGUCAUCUCUCUCAGUCUCUCUCAAUAUCGCUUUCUCUCCCUCUCUCCUCCUCUCGCAUCUCUAUCAAUGACCGAUGCCGCUUCUCCCCUCUCUCUCCCUCUGUCUCUCUUCUGACCUAUGCGCUCUCUCGUCUCUCUCUGUUUUCUCAUUCUGACCCUAUGCCUUGUCUCUAUUCUCGUAUCUAUCUGCAAACAGGAGGCAGAUGGACAGUACUCUAGGAGGAGAGUUUACAUGACAGUUCUUUUCCAGCUAAGUUCCUGUCACUACUCCAACCUUCCAGAUCCUUUCAGAACGACUACGCUCCCGCCUACUCCUUCCGCCCUCCUCCUCCUUCCUCCCAGGCCCAGCCCUUCCUGGUGCACCGGCUGGGUUUGGUGAUUGACGGGCGGACGCUGGCCUAUGCGCUGGACAGCAGCCUAGAUGAGAAGUUCCUGGCGGUGGCAAGGAGCUGUCGGUCGGUCCACUGCUGUCGCUCCACGCCGAGCUCAGAAGGCAUGUGGUUAAUGGUCCGCGAACAAAACUGA